AUGGACAGUUUAAAGCAAGGAUUACAAAAAUUUUAUGCAAUCAUCGAGCAAAGUAGAGUAAUUGAGAAGGGGAUUCCCACACGAUACCAUCUGACACCAACAACAGACUCUCAUGAUCAAUCUCAACCAUAUAAAAAAAUCACAUUCAGAGAGAGAGACAAAACCAAACCCCAUAAAACCAUUCUGAUGGUGGGAGAAACAGGAACAGGAAAAACAAAACUGAUCAACAAUAUGAUCAACUACAUGUUAGAUGUUCAGAGAGAAGACAAGGUUUGGUUUGAGAUCACAGAUGAUGAUCAAACAUCAGUUCACAGUCAGACCUCCAUCAUCACUGUUUAUGGGUUUUAUAUACAAGAGAGUAAAACUGAUCUAACAAUCAUCGACACUCCAGGAUAUGGAGACACUCGUGGAGUUGAGAAAGAUAAAGAGAUCGCCAAGAGCUUACUUGUUUUAAGCAAAUGUGACGAAUGCAUCCAGACACUAGACGCAGUGUGUCUGGUGAUUAAAGCAACACAGAAUCGACUCUCUGACAGACAACGAUACAUAUUUGAUGCUGUUCAGUCUUUGUUUGGAAGUAAUAUUGAUGAAAACAUAGUUUUGCUCUUCACACACUCUCGUGGAUCUGUCCCUAAAUCUGCUCUGACGGCUGUUGAAGAGGCUAAAGUCAAGUGUGCCGUGAAUGAUGAGAAACAGGCGGUGUAUUUCCAGUUUGACAACUGCCAAGGAGAGACAUUUCCUGAAGAAUAUCAGAUGACCCAGAAGCAAUCAUGGGAUCUCAGUUUUAGAGGAAUUACAGGAUUUUUCAUGUUUCUUAACAACAUAAAACCAAAAACCAUGAAGAUGACCCAACAUGUGUUGGAACAACAGAGGGAGUUUGAGGCAAAAAUCUCUGCUAUAAAAUCACAUAUUCAAGAGAUAGACCGUAAGCAGAUUGAGCUGAAACACACUCAAGAAGCUCUGGAGAAACACAAUCAAGUUGUUAAAGAAAAUAAGAACUUUGAGUAUGAAUUUGAAGUGAAAUACAGAGAGAAGGUUGAUAUUGAUCGCUCUGUAGCCAAAGAGGCGAUGUGCUGCAGAGUCUGUGAAGAGAACUGUCAUUAUCCAGGAUGCUGGUGGGUCAAAGAUCUCUCGUGGUGUCAUGUGAUGAAAGAUUAUCACUGUACAGUGUGUACAAACAAAUGCCACUCCAGCAAACAUGUCAAAGAAGCAAAAAUAUAUGUAACAAAGACAAAGAAAGAGAAGAGGAUAGAUGAAGAUUUGAAGAAGAAAUAUGAUGAUGAUAAUAUCAUUAAAGUUAGAGAAGGUGAGUCUGUGGUCCAGAAGCUGAAAGAAGAACUGCAAGAAUUAGAGAAAGUGAAAAUAAAGCUGGUGAUGGAUGCGUUUCACUGUGUGGAUAGUCUGGAGAUGAUCGCACUCAACACUGAUUCACUGAACACACUCCAACAUGUUGAUUUUCUGAUUGAGAAACUGAAGGAAAUUAAUGAGCCUCAAAAAGCUAAAAUACUGGAAAACAUCAAGAAGAGAGCAGGAGAAGACAAACACAGAGCACAGGGAUACAUGAAAAAAACUUGCUACAAUAAAUCCCUCAGCAAAGAAAAAUCAUAA